AUGGAUAAUAACUUAAAAGACCAAGCCGAUAACAACAAUCAGACAGUAGUUUCAACAAGUGGCUUAGAUCGAAAGACUGAUGACAAGGGUACAAAGCCAAUUCUCAAUCACACGCAACAAAAAGAAUCUAAACCAAAUUCUCAGUCUGGAAACCUUUUACAAACGACUCUUCAAAAAAUGUUUCAUAUAGAACCGGCGGCAGAUAAACCAAAAAUUCCCAAAAGUUCGAAACAUUCAUCUACUACCGGUUCUGAGUCUGAAGAUGAAAGAACUGACAAAAAUCAUAAUGCUCCACCCACUUCAAAACUACGUUUUCAGAAACUCAAUACGGGAUCGCAUGUUCACAAUUUACAACCAAAAAAAGUUUAUCGUAUUAAUAAUUUCUUGAAAGAACUCG